AAUUCCAAGCCAUGAAUGAAUCCAGGUGGACUGAAUGGAGCAUCUUGAACAUGAGCAGUGGCAUUGUGAAUGUGUCUGAACGUCACUCCUGCCCACUUGGAUUUGGCUACUACAGUGCAGUGGAUGUGUGCAUCUUUGAGACCAUUGUUAUUGUCUUGCUGACAUUUCUAAUCAUUGCUGGGAAUUUAACAGUCAUCUUUGUCUUUCACUGUGCUCCACUCCUGCACCAUUAUACCACCAGCUACUUUAUUCAGACGAUGGCAUAUGCUGAUCUUUUCGUUGGAGUAAGCUGCUUGGUUCCUACUCUCUCACUUCUCCACUACUCCACAGGUAUCCAUGAGUCACUGACCUGCCAGGUUUUCGGAUAUAUCAUCUCCGUUCUAAAAAGUGUUUCUAUGGCAUGUCUUGCUUGUAUAAGUGUGGACCGCUAUCUGGCAAUAACCAAGCCUCUUUCCUACAAUCAACUGGUCACCCCCUGUCGCCUGAGAAUUUGCAUUAUUUUAAUCUGGAUCUACUCUUGCCUAAUUUUUUUGCCUUCCUUUUUUGGCUGGGGGAAACCAGGGUACCAUGGUGACAUCUUUGAAUGGUGUGCCACCUCUUGGCUCACCAGUGCCUAUUUUACUGGCUUUAUUGUUUGUUUACUUUAUGCUCCUGCUGCCUUUGUUGUCUGCUUCACUUACUUCCAUAUUUUUAAAAUUUGCCGGCAGCACACCAAAGAGAUAAAUGACCGGAGGGCCCGAUUUCCCAGCCAUGAGGUGGAUGCCUCUGGAGAGACUGGACACAGCCCCGACCGUCGUUACGCCAUGGUUUUGUUUCGGAUAACCAGUGUGUUUUACAUGCUGUGGCUCCCUUAUAUAAUUUACUUUCUUCUAGAAAGCUCCCGGGUCUUGGACAAUCCAACGCUGUCCUUCCUAACAACCUGGCUUGCUAUAAGUAAUAGUUUUUGUAACUGUGUGAUCUAUAGCCUUUCCAACAGUGUUUUCCGGCUAGGCCUCCGAAGACUGUCCGAGACAAUGUGCACAUCUUGUAUGUGUGUGAAGGAUCAGGAAGCUCGAGACCCCAAACCUAGGAAACGGGCUAAUUCCUGCUCCAUUUGAAGAGAACUAUAUAGAAAUCAAAUGUAAUCCGAAAGGGGUUUUGGAUUGUAUUCUUGAUUCAUCUGGAAAUUUGCCACUAGAGAAAUAUUUACUUGAAUAGUUGACUAUGAGAUGGAGAGACAAGAGGUUUUUUUUUUCCCCCUCUUUUUCCACGGUGGUGGUGGGGGGGAACUAGAGAAAAGAAUGCAUAGAGGGCAAUCUCAUGAGAUAAUUAUAGAGUGUGAAUAUAAAUGUACAGUAAUAGCAAAAUUAAGCACUGAGGAUGAAAAAAAAAUGAAAAAAGUAUCUCAGAUCUUCCACAGGACAUGAGCAAAGCCCCUCGGCAUCUCUGUCUUCUCUGAGCUCUCCCCUCUGUCUUUGCCUCUCAUUCCGUCUGUCUAGGUCUCUCUCCCACUCUUUGUGUUUGUGGAAGUUACUUACAUAAAUUGCCCUUUAUAGGAAAAUGCUACAUAUUAUAUAUGUGGCAAUGUACAUUUUUUUUUGCAUCAAUGCAUACUUUUACAUACGAAUCUACAAUCUAUAAGUGGUUUCUCCAUGAAGGAUGCGUAGUAAGCAUUGUAUUUUAUUACCUGCCACAUAACCCUUUUGCUUGUGUUUUUAUACUAUCCACAGCAUAAAAUUUCUGCUAUAAACAAAAAAACAGUAUUUUUGUUCUGGCUAAAUAUGCUUAGCCCCCCCCACCCCCUUUCUGACAGCCUGCUCUUUCUUUUUCUCUCCAUUUUUCUUGAUCUGCCUCCUUCGGUACCUUAAUCCAAAAGUGUCUUAGCUAAUAAAGAAUCUACCAUAUAAAGCAAUCAUAAUGUUAAAUAAUCUAUUCCUUCCAAUAAAGCAAUCUAUAGCUCAUUUCAGAUAUUGUGUUAAAUAUUCUUAAUAGCUUUUGUAAACAUUUUUAUCUGGUUCCUUUUCAGUUCAUGUGCCCAAAGUGGUAUCUUUUUUUUUUUUUUUGCUUUAAUAAAGCUUUGUUUUUCUUUAAGAAAAUCCACAAAUAAUUCUAAUGCAGACGCAUAGUAUUCACCAGAAGUGAGGUAUUGAUUGCCCUUUGGACCACACUCCAUGUGUCCUCCUUUCCUUUCCCCCUUAAGAGUAAAUAUUAAUCUUUUUGUGUUAGGUCUACAAAGCUUAGUGUUGCGUCCACCAAUCAUUUGUAUGAUAUGCAUUUGCAUAUACUAUAUUUUUUACAACAAAAAAAAUGUAAAUUAUAUCAUGUGAUCUGUGCCUAAUGUUUUCUUAGCACAAUAUAUAGAUCAAUGUUGCUUAAGUCAUCAACAUUGGAAAAAAUAUACAAAAACUUCUUUGAAGAGAAAAUUACUUUUGUGUAGUUGUUAUUUAGAUAUUUAUAUUAGACCAAGCUGCAUUCUUAGUACUGCUGAGAAUAUGAUAUACUUAAUUAUCAAAUACAGGUAAGAGGUGUCAGUAUUUUCUUUUGUAAUGAUCUGUUUUCAUACGCAAAGAUUAAAUUAACUUAUUUUUUAGUGUGCUACAUGGAAUUGUAUAAUAAAUUAUCAGGGGUUUAGAUGUAGCAAAAUGGCAUUUGGGGAAUUAGUAGUGAAGCAGGUGUGAGUGGUAAAACAUCUAAAUCUUACUUUUUUACUAUAAGUUUCCUGCCUGACAGAUAUUUUAAAGUUUAUAUCAAACUACUGAGUAUUUUUCUUCUCAGCAUUUUGAUUUCUUCGUUUUAUGAAAUGCAUUUAAUGAAAUGUGCCUAUGACUUCAAAUUGGAAGCCAACUGUGUUUGCACACUAGUGGUUUGACUUCAGAGGUCCUUUAAUAGAAAAUGUCAUCAUUUUAUUGAGGUUGUUCUGAACCCAUGUAUAUUUUUAAA